GGAAGGCCGAGCGUAUAAAGCCGCGCAGAGAGCGUGAAACAAAGCAGUCGGAUCGGAAUUGGACUUGGGAAGUGUGGUGUGGAGUCAAGCAUAAAACUUGUUGAAGGGGAGUAAGGAGCCCUGCUCCUCCAGCUCUCCUCGUCUGCGCCGCGCUUCGGGGUUUCCCACCAGCCUUGCGAUUUAUUUUUAUAGCUGCUUUUUAUAUAGAGAGAAAUAUAUAUUUUUUUCCUCUUAAGAGAAAAUUCCUGUUCUAAGAGAAAAUAAGACAAGAUCAAUGAAGGAGAGAAGAGCCAGCCAGAAAUUAUCCAGUAAAUCUAUCAUGGAUCCUAAUCAGAACGUGAAAUGCAAGAUAGUAGUGGUGGGAGACAGUCAGUGUGGGAAAACGGCGCUGCUGCACGUCUUCGCCAAGGACUGCUUCCCCGAGAAUUACGUCCCUACAGUGUUUGAGAAUUACACGGCCAGUUUUGAAAUCGACACACAAAGAAUAGAAUUGAGCCUGUGGGACACUUCGGGUUCUCCUUAUUAUGACAACGUCCGGCCCCUCUCCUACCCAGAUUCGGAUGCCGUGCUGAUUUGUUUUGACAUCAGUAGACCAGAGACUCUGGACAGUGUCCUAAAAAAGUGGAAAGGUGAAAUCCAGGAGUUUUGUCCCAACACCAAAAUGCUCAUGGUUGGCUGCAAAUCUGAUCUUCGGACAGAUGUCAGUACAUUAGUGGAGCUGUCAAACCACAGACAGACACCAGUGUCCUAUGACCAGGGGGCAAAUAUGGCCAAACAGAUCGGAGCAGCCACUUACAUUGAAUGCUCAGCAUUACAGUCCGAGAACAGCGUCAGAGACAUUUUUCAUGUCGCUACGUUGGCGUGUGUCAACAAAACAAACAAAAACGUUAAGCGGAACAAGUCACAGAGGGCCACGAAGCGCAUCUCGCACAUGCCCAGCAGACCGGAGCUCUCGGCCGUGGCCACGGACUUACGAAAGGACAAAGCGAAGAGUUGCACUGUGAUGUGAUUCUCCCGGUAUCCUGAAUGAGGACACGGAAAUUUAGUGUAAAAAAAAACAAAACAAAACAAAAGAACCACAAAAUCAACAACAAAACAAAAAGGUGAAGUCUGGAUGAAGUGCACAGCCAAAGUCACACAUUCCGGAGGCUUGGGAGGCAUUUGAAAGGAUGCUCAUCUUUUUGGAGUCCUGUCCUUAGGUUCGGCGUGUAGAACAAGUGGUGAAAAGUGAAAACGUUGAAGAGUUCUGAAGCGUGACUUGAGAAAUAUGCCAAAAAAAGAGCGAUUCAGAUGGGCUAGAGGUGAGGGAGGCGAGGAGGAACACCAGCGCCUCCAAGAAGAGAAAUCCCGCGCAGAUUGGUGCUUGCGUUGUUGUUUUCUUUGUUAUAACCUAUUCAUGAAUCUCCGCUUUGGUUUAAUUUUUAAAUGUUUUAAUCUCCUUUACAAAAAAGUAUAUAUUAAUAUACCGUCCUCAUUGGGGAACUGGCACUGUGACCUUAGCGUUUAGUUUUCUAGAGGAUGUGAUCUAAUUUCCUUCUAGCUCAUCAUUAAAAUGGAAAUUGUAUCAGGACCCGUGGGAUGUCCAGAGGAGAGAAGUGAUGAGGCUUUGAAAUCUUGCCUUCCUGUAGAUAGCCGAGCAACACGGCCCCGAAGAAAGGCUUUUGCAGCCUUGCAAGAGACGCAGGCGAUCAAACAGGAAAAAAAGUGUCGAUUUUUAUUCAGUCUGAUGGUUCUGUUCAUCAUUGUGAUUGUCAUUAAAACGUGGUAAAUUGCUCAAGGUAAUAUUUUUGUGCGCUGUUUAGAAAAGACGGUGUGUGAUUUUUUUUUUUUUUUGUCGUUAAUGAAAAUGCAAAGUCAAAUGGAAGGUGUCUUGGUUUGACGUCAUAGAAUGAAUGAUCCAAGGGGGAAGAAAUGUAGGUACUGUUUCACCUGAAGAAAUAAUGAAGGAAUAGUAGCAGAAAGCACAGUAUGUGAGUAAAAGCUGUCUGGAAUUGUUACCAAAAGUACAAAGCAAAAGGCCUCUUAUUUUGGGGGCGGAACUCCGAAGUUGGCAGCGGCUGAGGAAUCUGUUGGUUUAGUUCACUUUCUUCAAAUGAACAUGAUCAGAAAAAGACCCUCAUGUCCAAACUUUAGAGAAUCCAUGGACUGUCCAUCCUGACACUAUGCUAGCCAUUUCUAGAGAGUGAUUGCUAAACCUCACUUAACCGGAUUCUGACAGGGCCCAUGUUCAGUACUUGAUUGCUGUCAUUACCUAUAAUAAUCAGCAUUUAAAAUAGUUUACAGAUAGUUUUGACCAGUUCCUUUUAGAGCUUCUUUCAGAGCAUAGACCAGACCUGACCUGUUGGCGCUUGUUGAAAACGAGCUUUCUUUCCAAUGAUAAAGCUUCAUUUUUGAAGUGUUGAAGCUGUCGCUCCCAUUUUAGUUGUGGCAGGAGAGGAGAUUAAGGUAAUUACAAACUUAGUUCUAUGUCUCACAAGCACUUUGUUUUGUCUCUGCAAGGAAACACCAUUCCAGUCAUUUCCCACGAAAUACAGACGUUUCUACCAACAUCAUAUGCUUUGAUUGAGGCAGCAUUAUGCUUUGAGCAGUGUUACAAAAUAGCUGGCUAGUGCUUUCUGUAUUUAAAUAUUGUAAAAAGGAAAUAAGUUAUAACUGUUAAAAAGCAGAACUUGCGUUGCAUUUUUUUAAAUUGUUGAAGUCAAUUUGUAUGUUUGUUUGGUCAAUG